ACGUUCCGCGAAGUUCGAGAAACCGCGAGCGGCGUGGUCAGCGUAGCGGUGCAACGGACGCGAGGAAACGGGACGACGAGUAGAGCGUAGAAGCGAGGAGCACGAGAGAGGGCCGCGUCUAGAAACGCGUUCGCAAUCGUGGAGGGGUUAUGCUGGACCCCAGCCUCUCCGUAUAGCUUACGAGUAACAGACCCAGUCGUCUCUCCACUGGCUGACCAGCAGCUGGUCGCGUCGCGCAAUCCACGAUUGUUUUCCUCCACGCGUCCAACUCGUACGAUCGUUUCGAUUUCGGUAAAAACAGCGACCGGAAAGAUCGAAGGCAGCGAGUGUUUUUUAAACACGCGUGAAAGUCUCGUGCGGGAAAAGCGAGAAACGCGGCAGUGCGCGGACGCAUUGUUCAAAAAUAGUCUGUUGGCCCGGAGCGUAAUCUCGCUCCUCUUCGACGAAAGACUCCGACGAUUCGAAGAAUUUGAAUUAGAGGAGUCCGAAAAGACGCGCGGUUUCGGGGACUCUGCUGAUUAAUGAAGUCGUUACGAGUUUAACCGCGUAACGAGGUAGAUUCGUGGCGAACAGAAAAAGAAAAAUCUAGUAGUUCCCGAUAUUGUUCGAGCAUUUCGCUGACCUCACUCUCGCUGAAGGAUCGAAUUCACCGAGGAGGAUCAACGAUGUCGAAUUCGUGUCAAGGCGACGAACGAUCGUUCGACCGUCAAGCUCGCUCCUCCGAUCAUAUCGGAGGCGAUCAACGACCAGGAUGCGACCAUCGUUUCCGGGCGAGCUGCAACUUACGUUCUUAAGAUCGAAGAUGCACGAAUCGCGGACUUGAUACAGAGCAGAUCAUCCCGUUGACCCGAUUUCGUGGAAUACUCGACUGGCGAAACGGCAGCGGACAUGGACCGAAGUUUCAAGAACAACGCGGACUUUAAGAUGAAUCAACAGAACUUCAAGCUGAGCGACUUCGGCAUCGAGACAAAGUCCAUCCACGCGUGUGAACACUCGAAGGCUAGGUACUCUCAAAUCGCGAGCGUGCAGAAGACGCGACAGAUGCAAAUCGGACCCGGAAGACACGUCGCUCCGGGGACCAACGGAUCGAGUCCUUUGCAGCUGGUCGUUUGUAAUCGUUCUCAGUUAACCUCGGACGGUUCCGCGUUGACGUGUAACGUUCAGCUUCGCGACAGUCCGAAUCAGUCGCAGUCGAUGGGACAAUUGCAGAACGUAACCGUGGAUCGAUUUCGAGUGUCCAGCCCGAGCAGCUCGGCCGGUUCGAUGUUACAGCCGAUCGUUUCGUCGGCACCAUCCCCUGGAUACUGGAAUCAGUACGGAGGACAGGAGAGCGGGUACGGCUCGGACGAAUUCGGCCAGGACUCCCCUAGAUACACCUCCCCCAAAGCUGCGACCCUCUACGCAGACCCCUAUUAUAUCGAUGGGAACGCCACAGGAACGGGUCCCGGUGAUCCAUGGACAGGAGGCGGUGGCGGCGUUCAGCCCCCUUACAGCGGAUACGCGCCCCCUCACCUGGCCCAACCAGCUUACCCUAUGCACCUACCCCACGACCCCAUGGCGUAUUCGGCCAUGUCGCCGAACGGAGAACCAGCGGCACCGAUUCUGGGCUCGGCGGUGACCAGUGCGGCCUCAUUGCCACCGAUGUCGACAUUCCGGGGUAGUGGUGCGGUUGCGGCGAACAGUGGUACCGGUGCACCGUCCCCGGCAUCGUUGCAAUAUAGUCAUAGUCCUGGAGCACCGACCACCGCACCCUCCGCGCCUAAUCCUGCACCCACGACGAACCAACCGCCUCCCACGGGGGACAACCUCGGCAAGACGCUCGCGUCUGUAGUAAGCACCAGAAUUUACCCCACGGACCAAUCAGUAUCGAGUUACAGCAGCAACCCAUCGACGCCGGUCAGUUCGCCGCCACCUUUGACCGGUUCGGCGCCAGGUUGGGCACCAGGUGCCGCGCCGGUGUCCCCACAUUUUACGGCGGAUCCUAAUCGCGGAACGAUUCACAUGCCGGCGCCUGAACAGCAGAGGCUAGACGAUGCCAUCGGCUUCCUUCGCGACCAUGCCGAGUUGGUACAGGGAACGCGGAUGGAGGAACGACUGGACGAUGCCAUAAACGUUCUGAGAAACCACGCGGAAAGUCAACUGGGCCUUCACCUGGGCCCCGUUGGUCCACACGGUCCCAUUUACUCCCACACAUCACCACCGCAAUUGGACCACUUGACGAGUCCUCAUCCUGCGGUAACAGUCGCGCAACCUCAGGGCUUUUAUUCUGGUCUCACGCCUACGCCCGACACAGACGGCUCCAUCAAAAUAGAAAAGUUACCUGUGACGAAUGCCAAAUACGUCUCUUUAGAAAAGAGAAAGGAACCACCGGAUAGUAGCGGCGGUGAAACGAAACCUUCGAGCAGCGAGUUGGCGGCAGCAGGCGUGAUCGGUGCAGCCACGGUGAAUUCUACGUCGCAGGGAAAAGGGACGAAGAGAUCGCGUAGAUAUUGUUCGAGCGCUGACGAAGACUGCGACGAUCCCAGCACCAAAGCGGUGCGCGAAAAGGAACGUCGCCAGGCCAACAACGUGCGUGAAAGGAUACGUAUCAGAGACAUCAACGAGGCUCUCAAGGAGCUCGGUAGAAUGUGUAUGACCCACCUCAAAACGGACAAGCCUCAAACGAAGCUCGGUAUCCUAAACAUGGCGGUCGAAGUGAUCAUGACGCUAGAACAGCAAGUUAGAGAACGAAACCUCAAUCCAAAGGCAGCAUGCUUGAAGAGGAGGGAAGAAGAAAAAGCGGAAGAUGGUCCUAAAUUACCCGGACAUCUUGCGGCGCACAUAGCUCAUCCACAUCCUCAUCCCCACGCGCAUUCUCAACCACCUUUCUCCGCGAUGCCUGGCCCACCACCGCCGCUUCAGCACAAUCCGUCGCAGCCACAGUAGCAGCGGCUCAGUGGCGGUGUGAUCCUGUGUUAAGGGGUAGAUACGGCUUAAAGUUGUCAUAGUUUUUGAACUUUCGCGGGACUUGCACAUACAGAUAGAACUUUUCCCCCAUCGAUCGUACCUCUGUUGUACGGACGAAAAUCGUGAGGGUAUUAACAAGGCAUAUCGAGAUACACGCUCCUCGAACGUAAUUCGAUUUACGUUGAAUCGCGGCGACGUUUAAUCGCCGAACGGAGCAAUCGAAACGGAUGCCGUUUAGAAUUAUUACCGAGCGCCCUCGCGGCGCGGAACACUGUGUGCCGUAUAUGAUUCGGACGCGAACGAAUCGCGAUAAUAUCCUAGAUUCUCCUUUAGCAACUCUUGUACGCGCGUACGAGGCAAUCGGAGACUAAUUUCUGUAUGUCUAUCGCGAGCGUCGAAAGAGAAGAGUGAGUGAGUGGAGCGAACGAAUGGAACGAGAGAACGAUAUCGGAACGGGUGCUUUUUAAGAAGUAUCUAUCCCCUCCCACUCCCCGAAGGCGGCUUCAAAUUAUUUUUAUAAAUAGCGAGAAAACAAAGGAAUACGUGUAGGAGAUGUUUGUAGCGAUUCCUACUUGACCGGUUUAGGUUAAGAUUCGGCAAUCUUUAGGGAUCGUUUUGUUCGUUUUGUUACGAGUAUCUGUUACGUUCAUUGGAACGAAUCGUACGUCAUUGCUCGUUAUUCUAUGUCCUUUGUUAAUGUCCAUUCUAUCAUUCGCAUCUGCCAUUUGAUAUACUUUUUCUUGUAUAAUAUUUCUUUAUUGCUAUGACAUCGUUUUUGCGAUAAUUUUGGCACUCUUUAAACAAAACUCGCCUCGCCAAUCUUACGUAUAACGCACGACAAUCCGUUAUUGUUUUAAACGGAAUAUUUUUAAGGGAAAUCCGAAACUGAGUGCCUUAAUUGUCGCGAGAAUUUUUAACUCGUUAAUUGUAUAAUUUCUGUUCGACUAGUAUUGUUUCAAGGUUCGAGUAUGUAUUUUAGUUUGCAAUUUUAUCGUAUCGAAGAAAUUCGUCUGGAUCGAUAAGUUAUGACUGAUGGACACAUUAAACGGUAUCCAGCUAAAAAUCCGCGUUAUUGUCGGUGAUAUUCGCUCGAAUUCGUGAAUAUAUUACGAUAUAAUGUUCUAUUAAAAAAAAAGUAAAAAAAAUUAUAUCUCUUGUAUAUUCUUUACGAUCGAGUUGCUUCUGCUAUAUUUCUUUUUUAUACGUUACCUGCGACGCUAUAUAUCUGCUCAGUUUUCUUUCUCGUCGAGUUUUUAUUUAUAAAGUAUAUUUAAAUAAAUUAAAAUACACAGGAAUCGAAUACACGUUAAAUCGUACUCAUUUUUUCACCUGUAAUAUAUUUGAACAUUUAUAAGAUAAUUCAGCAGAUUAAGUCUUGCAUAUAAAAAAAAAUAUUUAGCAAAUGAACGAGUAUAAAAUUUAUGCCUCCAAAAAUCCUCGAUUAGUAGUUAAAUUAUCUUUUAAUAAAGCUUGUGUUUUGACGUGAACCGGUUAAACAGAGAUAGCUACAAAUGUCUCCUACAACAAUAACGACAAUAAAUAGCUCGUAAGCCCGUCUAAGCUAGGCACACCUGUCUAUAGUCUUAGAUAGUCAAAAAUGGGAAAGCGAAAAAGGUGAAGAGAGUGCGCAGCAGUUCGGUUCGAGUUGUAAUCGACGAUCGCGAAAAAAAAUGGUGUUCUUACGCGAACGUGUUAUAUGUGACAUUUUUUCCGUCACCAAUUAUUUAUAUAUGGUAUUAGUUACUUUUAAGACUUUCGAAAUCGUUCUUGAAUUUUAGUUUAAUCCUUUUUCUUUUCGAUUAUUCAGGCAUACUUACUCUUCCGUUUUUCUCUUUACUAUUCCACUCCCCUUCUACAGCGUAAUAUACAGAUUUUUGCGAGACUCGAGAUCCCGUUAUAUAUUUUUUUGUUGAUUCUCCUCUGAAAACGACAAGAUCGCAUCGAUCGUUACUUACGCGAUUCACGAGUUCCAGAGUUGUUGGCAAUUUUUCUUCCCGAACUCUGAAACUCGCGGCACCGCACGGAUCGAUGGUAUCUUCUCGCAUCGAUCAUGUAUCACGCGUUGCGUUAAACAAAAGAAAGCAUAUCGUUGAAACUUGGCAAAGCAAGUUGCUGCUAGAUUUAUUAAAUUGAUAAUUAACGAUCGCGCGAUCGAACGGCAACGCCGAUAACUCCCCACGUUUGCCCGGGACACGAUUGUCGAGUGAAAUCACAAGUGUAUAUUAGAUCUAACGACAUUAUUGUAUAAUAUGUAAUUAAACGAGAAGUGUACGUAGGUCUGGCGUGGCUAGUUCGCGUGACACCGGGCCUUAAACAAAAAAGAAGAGAAGGAAGAAAGGAUAAUCGAGAACGAUCAUCUUUCUGACACGGAUACGAUUGUUAAAAAAAAGGCGAUUCUAUUAACAUCGAUGAAGCACGAGCUGAAUAUUAUACAUAUAUUGAAAGAAAGAAAGAGAGAGUGUGCGCGUGAAUGCGAGAGAAAAAGAGAGAGAUAGCGUGUGCGUCGAGAGAGCGUUUCGUUUGAGAAAGAAAAAAAUGUAUAAUUAUCGUAAUAGUAAUAUUAUUAUCACUAAUAAUAUAAUAAAUGUGCCAUUUUUUCCAUAAUCACGGCGUUGCCUGAUUGUAGAUUCUGUUUGUUUUUUUUUUGUCAAUUUUUUUUUCUAUUUCGUUGUUUUUUGUUGUACGAACUGUUUACAAAUUUUUCUUUUACUUCUCUUCUCGAUUGACUUUCUUUUUUUUUUCUUUCUCACUCGAGCUUCCGUUUGUACAUUACACGCUCCCCAGUAUUAGACGAUACACGAAGAAGAAGCACCAAUAUCUUACGUUUUGUCUUUUUACUUUUUAGAUUGCGUCUCGGUGUAAGUUUUGUUCUUCAGCCGCCUAAUUAUGCUUAGAUACGAACGUAUACAUAGUGUAGAUACGUUUAGUGUUUAAGACAUACUUUUAAUUGCCAGACAAGUACAGUGUUAGCUGACUGUAUUCGCCCUGGUCGCUUCUAACCAUUCAGCUGUAAAAGCUAAUUACAAAUGUCGACCUAUCAAGGUUUGUAAUACAGAUUUUCAACGUUUUCAGGAAACGUGCUUUUUAUAAUAUAAUUUCCUUUAUCGUU